UCUCUGCCUUUGGCUCGGAGCACUUUGAGUGACGCGCGCGCAGGAGCAGCGCAUCAUUUCAGCUCGGAAGGAAAGGACGGCCGGCCGAGAGAGAGAAAGAGAGCGCGCGCGGCCCCCGUCUCUCUGAUCGUCACGCGCGAGGACUUUCCCAAUUCUCUCUUUAACCGAAUGGCUGUAUGAGAGACUCGGUCCCGCCAUCUCCUCAUCCUCCUUCUCUUCUCCCUUUCCUCUGGGACGUACGAGUCCUUUCUCUCUGUACCGGGCCGCGCUCGGCAUAAAAACCCCCAGAGCGAGUCCAGUCGCAGUUCGUCUCCGUCGCACGCGCACUGUGUCGACGGCCAUGGAUAGCCAAAUUAAGUGGAAAGCGAAACGGAGGCUAAAGGGCGCGCGACUUGCUCUAGCGAUGCUCGUGCUUUUCGCCGCAGCAACCACGUCGUCGCGCGCUGGACCAGUGGAUCCAGCUGACCUUCUGAAGAUUUUAGAUUUUCCGAGUUUGCCUGACGGCGUAACGAAAACUACAGGCUUCUGCACACACAGGAAGUCAUCGAAAGGGCCUGAUGUGGCCUACAGAGUAACCAAAGAUGCUCAACUCAGUGCUCCUACCAAACAGCUCUACCCCUCUUCCGUUUUUCCAGAAGACUUCUCUAUCGUGGCGACUGUGCGGCCGAAUAAGGGCAGCCAGGCAUUCCUGCUCUCCAUCUAUAACGAGCAGGGCAUGCAGCAGCUCGGCAUUGAGGUGGGCCGCUCACCUGUCUUCCUCUAUGAGGACCACCUGGGCAAGCCAGGCCCUGAGGACUACCCUCUCUUCAGAGGAGUAAACCUGGCGGACGGAAAGUGGCACCGUGUGGCGAUCAGUGUCCAUAAGCAGAGUGUUACGCUGAUUGUGGACUGUAAGAAGCAGACGACACGCAAGCUGGCACGAAGCCCAAACCCCAUCAUUGAUACUAAAGGCAUUGUGGUGUUUGGUACACGCAUUCUGGAUGAAGAAGUGUUUGAGGGUGAUAUUCAGCAGCUGAUGAUUAUAGCAGACCAUCGUGCUGCGUAUGACUACUGUGAACAUUAUAGCCCAGACUGUGAGGUUCCUGCCCAGGAGCAGCCACAAAACCAGGACCCCAACACAGAUGAAUAUAACACAGAAGACGACACCUACUACUAUGAGUACCCGUACUAUGAUGACUUGGAUGCAGAGAAGAACGAGGAGUCAUCAGUCACCCCUGGCAGGGACACAGACUCAGGACCGAGCGACACAACCAACACAGGGACACAAACCGUGACCACAGUAGGUGGUGGAGCAGGACAUACUGGUGGCUCCACUAGCAGUUCUUCUAGCAGUUCUUCCAGCAGUUCUUCAAGUGAUACCUCUACCACAGGAACUGGCAGCGAGUCAUACAAUGAGUACGAUGAUCCCGGGUAUGAUACAGGAUACUAUGACGAGUCGACUUCCUCACCUGAUGGUUCUGUAACAAUCACAAGCACAGGCACAGGUACGGGGGAUGACCUGGACCUGAGCAGUAGAGUGGAUCUUGGACUGGGCGGAGAUGUGGAGAAACACAUCAUCACCUCAGUAGGAGGAGGAGGAGGACACAUCCACACUUCCAGCACUGGUGGCUCUGGUUCUAGCACUGGAUCUGGUUCAAGCAUUAGAAUUGGCUCAGGUUCUAGCACCAGUUCAGCAUCCAGCUCUGGUUCUGGAUCCAGCACAGGAUCUGGCUCUGUUUCCACCUCUAUUACAGGAUCUGACUCUGAUUCCACAUCCAGUACGGGAUCUAGCACCAGUUCUAGCUCCAGCUCAAGCUCAGUGGAUAAUUAUGAUAACUAUGGCUACGGGGUGAGCUAUGGAGAGGAGUACACUGACAGUUUCGGUGAGGGUGAGGACACUAUUGGAGGAGGAGGCAGCAGCAGUACUACAUCUGUCGGGGGCGGAUCUGUUUCUGUUGGGGGUGGAUCAGUCUCAGUUGGGGGCGGCUCUGUUUCGGUUGGGGGUGGAUCAGCCUCAGUUGGGGGCGGCUCUGUUUCAGUUGGAGGUGGUUCAGCUGGAGUUGGUGGUGGAUCUUCUAGUGCCGGGGCUGGUGCGGGGGCGGGAACAGCCCGGGUAGGAGUUGUCGAUGAGGCAGAUUAUACAGACGUAUUUAAGGAGGAGUCCAUCUCGGAUCUCACUGACUCUGACCUGGACAAGGUUUACAGUGAUUACAAAGACUACUACGGUGAAGUUGACGACAAAGUCUUGCCUGCCGAGACUGACAAUUACCAGGUAGAAGGAUCCAGAGGAGAGAAGGGGCAGAAAGGAGAGCCAGCCAUCAUUGAACCAGGAAUGUUGGUGGAGGGCCCCCCUGGUCCUGAGGGCCCAACUGGUCUGCCUGGUCCUCCAGGAACAUCGGGAGCACCAGGCUCCCCCGGAGAGCCUGGAGAGAGGGGUCCUCCUGGUCGCCCUGGACUUCCUGGAGCUGAUGGACUGCCAGGACCCCCAGGGACCGUCCUGAUGCUGCCUUUCCGGAUGAGCACAGGGGGAGAUGGUGGCCAUAAAGGACCUGCGGUUUCUGCCCAAGAGGCUCAGAUGCAGGCCAUCAUGCAGCAGGCCAGGCUGGCAAUGAGAGGUCCAACUGGUCCAAUGGGCUUGACUGGUCGUCCUGGACCUCUGGGUGCUCCUGGUAUGGUUGGAAUUAAAGGUGAAUCUGGAGAUCAGGGACCUCAGGGUCCUCGUGGUCCGAUGGGUUCCAUUGGCCCUCCUGGAAAGCCUGGUAGAAGAGGUCGUCCUGGAGCAGAUGGAGCCAGAGGCAUGCCCGGACAAACUGGACCAAAGGGAGACAGAGGUUUCGAUGGCCUGGCUGGAUUACCUGGAGAAAAGGGACAUAGGGGUGAGUCAGGACCUCAAGGACCCCCUGGACCCCCAGGAGAGGAUGGAGAAAGAGGAGACGACGGUGAGGUUGGACCUCGGGGUCUGCCUGGCGAACCAGGCCCUCGUGGUUUGUUAGGACCCAAAGGACCUCAGGGACCUGCUGGAGCUCCAGGCGUGCCAGGAAUGGAUGGCCAUCCCGGUCCAAAAGGAAACAUUGGGCCUCAAGGUGAGCCUGGUCCUCCAGGACAGCAAGGCAACCCUGGUGCUCAGGGACUUCCAGGACCUCAAGGAGCCAUCGGACCCCCAGGAGAGAAGGGUCCAACAGGGAAACCAGGAUUACCAGGCAUGCCAGGAGCUGAUGGACCUCCGGGUCACCCAGGAAAGGAAGGUCCAGCUGGUGAGAAAGGUCACCUGGGACCACCUGGAGCACAAGGACCAAUUGGAUAUCCUGGCCCCCGAGGUGUGAAGGGUGCUGAUGGAGUUCGGGGGUUAAAAGGAAACAAGGGUGAAAAGGGAGAAGAUGGAUUCCCUGGAUUUAAAGGAGAUAUGGGUAUCAAGGGUGACCGGGGUGAGAUUGGACCUGCAGGACCCAGAGGAGAGGAUGGUCCUGAGGGACCUAAAGGACGAGCAGGACUUCCUGGAGAUGCUGGACCUCUUGGACCAAAUGGAGAGAAGGGCAAGCUUGGUGUUCCAGGAUUGCCAGGUUAUCCUGGAAGACAAGGGCCAAAGGGUUCUCAAGGAUUCCAAGGGUUCCCAGGAGCCAAUGGAGAAAAGGGAGCAAGGGGAAUAGCUGGAAAGCCUGGACCACGAGGACAGCGAGGACCUACUGGCCCUCGUGGAGAAAGAGGCCCCAGGGGACCCACAGGAAAACCAGGACCAAAGGGCACCUCAGGAAGCGAUGGACCUCCAGGACCACCUGGUGAACGGGGUCUGCCAGGACCUCAGGGAUCAACUGGAUUCCCUGGACCUAAAGGGCCUCCUGGACCACCUGGAAAAGACGGACUGCCCGGGCACCCUGGCCAGAGAGGAGAGACAGGUUUCCAAGGAAAGACUGGACCUCCCGGGCCUCCAGGUGUGCUAGGACCUCAAGGAGCAACAGGUGAAACUGGACCAAUGGGAGAGCGAGGCCAUCCCGGACCUCCAGGACCACCAGGUGAACAAGGUCUGCCCGGACCUGCUGGUAAAGAGGGAGCCAAGGGAGAUCCAGGUCCAGCAGGCCCUGCUGGUAAAGAUGGACCCCAAGGACUGCGAGGUUUUCCUGGAGAGAGAGGUUUACCUGGGCCUGUUGGAACUGCAGGUUUGAAAGGGAAUGAAGGACCACCGGGUCCACCUGGACCUGCUGGUUCACCUGGUGAGAGAGGUCCUGCUGGUCCGACAGGUCCCACUGGACCCCCUGGACGCCCAGGACCUCAGGGACCCCCAGGGCCUGCUGGAGAGAAAGGUGGACCGGGAGAAAAAGGACCUCAAGGCCCUGCUGGUAGAGAUGGUAUUCAGGGUCCUGUUGGUUUGCCUGGUCCUGCUGGACCUCUUGGACCUCCAGGAGAAGAUGGUGAUAAGGGCGAGAUCGGUGAGCCUGGUCAGAAAGGUAGCAAAGGAGAUAAAGGAGAGCAAGGACCUCCUGGGCCAACUGGCCCCCAAGGCCCAAUUGGUGCACCUGGUCCUGCUGGAGCUGAUGGAGAGCCUGGUCCUAGAGGACAGCAGGGCUUGUUUGGGCAAAAAGGAGAUGAGGGGCCACGAGGAUUCCCUGGACCACCGGGACCUGUUGGCCUUCAGGGUUUGCCUGGACCUCCUGGUGAGAAAGGAGAAACUGGAGACGUUGGUCACAUGGGUCCACCUGGCCCUCCAGGUCCCCGAGGCCCCUCUGGACCCCCAGGAGCCGAUGGACCCCAGGGCCCCCCCGGAGGCAUUGGAAACCCUGGAGCUGUGGGAGAGAAGGGAGACCCAGGUGAGGCUGGAGAGCCCGGUUUGCAAGGCGACGUUGGUCCUCCGGGACCAAGAGGAGAGAGAGGAGAGAAAGGAGAAGCCGGUCCUCCUGGCUCUGCUGGUCCACCAGGACCUAAGGGCCCUCCUGGUGAUGAUGGUCCUAAAGGAAGUCCAGGUCCAAGUGGUUUUCCUGGUGACCCAGGACCUCCUGGAGAGCCUGGUCCCGCUGGUUUGGAUGGUCCUCCUGGUGACAAAGGUGAUGACGGAGAGGCUGGUCAGCCUGGAUCUCCAGGACCAACUGGUGAAUCUGGACCAACUGGACCUCCAGGAAAGAGAGGUCCUCCAGGAGCGGCAGGACCUGAGGGACGACAGGGAGAGAAAGGAGCUAAGGGCGAGCCCGGUCUCGAGGGUCCACAGGGUAAGACAGGUCCUGUUGGACCCCAAGGUGCUCCUGGCAAGCCUGGUUCUGAAGGAUUGCGAGGAAUCCCUGGCCCAGUAGGAGAACAAGGUCUGCCUGGGUCUCCUGGACCUGAUGGACCCCCAGGACCUAUGGGUCCUCCUGGACUGCCUGGACUAAAAGGAGACACUGGAGUUAAAGGAGAAAAGGGUCAUCCAGGUCUAAUUGGUUUGAUUGGGCCUCCUGGAGAACAGGGAGAGAAAGGAGACAGAGGACUGCCAGGACCACAGGGAACAGCCGGACCUAAAGGAGACACUGGUAUUGCCGGCCCUGCUGGACCUCUGGGACCUAUUGGACCUCCUGGAUUGCCUGGCCCCCCUGGUCCUAAAGGAGCUAAAGGAUCAUCAGGUCAAACAGGACCCAAGGGAGAAACAGGAGUACCAGGACCUCCGGGUCCACCGGGUCCACCAGGCGAUGUCAUCCACCCGCUGCCCAUCCAUUCAAGCCCAAAGAGAGCACGAAGGAACAUCGAUGCUAGCCAACUGGCAGAUGAUGCACCUGAUGCCAACUACAAGGAUUAUGAGGAUGGUAUGGAGGAGAUCUUUGGCUCGCUGAACUCCCUCAAGCAGGAGAUCGAACAGAUGAAGCACCCACUGGGCACCAAGAGCAACCCAGCACGCACCUGCAAAGACCUGCAACUCUGCCACCCUGACUUCCCUGAUGGCGAGUACUGGAUUGAUCCAAACCAGGGCUGCUCACGAGAUUCUUUCAAGGUUUACUGCAACUUCACAGCUGGAGGAGAGAGCUGUAUCUUCCCAGAUAAAAAGAGUGAAGGGAGCAAAAUGGCUCGCUGGCCCAAAGACAGCCCAGGCACUUGGUAUAGUCGCUACAAAAGGGGGUCCAUGCUCUCUUACAUGGACGCUGAGGGCAAUCCAAUUGGUGUGGUCCAAAUGACGUUCUUGCGCUUGCUAAGUGCCUCGGCCCGGCAGAACCUCACGUAUAACUGCUACCAGUCUGUGGCCUGGCAUGACCAGGAGCUAAACUCUCAUGAUAAGGCCAUCCGCUUCCUGGGCUCCAAUGAUGAAGAGAUGUCCCAUGACAACAAUCCAUACAUUAGUGCCAUCAUCGAUGGAUGUGCGUUGAAAAAGGGCUAUGAAAAGACUAUUCUAGAGAUCAACACGCCAAAAGUGGAGCAGAUACCAUAUGUCGACAUCAUGUUCAAUGAUUUCGGUGGAGCAACGCAGAAGUUUGGCUUUGAGGUUGGCCCGGCCUGCUUUAUUGGCUAAGACUGUUCACUGAGCGCACCAGAAAAGAAAAUAAUAAACACAUUCAUUUUCUCAGAAACCAAAGAAAGGAAUAGGACAACAUAUUUUCUAAAGAUUUGUGUUUCCAAAAUAAAACACCAACUUAGCAUAGAAAGGAUAAAAGAAAUUUAAGAAAAUAAAGAAUGGAUUUCUAAAAAAAAAAAAAAUAACAAAAACAUUUUUUGACCUCAGUGUACCUGUCUCUGUCACAUGCAAGUUUUGAAACUGGAUUAGCUGAAUGCUAGCUGGCUAACCCUAUGCUUUAAUCGCCACAUUCUUACCACCCAUGCUGUAUAGGUGUAGGAGAUAGCAACAGUAUUCCUCCACCUUUAAUGCACUUCCUGCAGGUGGAAACCCCCUCACACACUCCACCUGGUUUAGCUCUGUCUGGUUUCUGCUUGCAUUUAUUCAGUGUUUCAUUUUCCCCCAGUACUUCAAUGAACUUUAUUUUGUGCAUAUUUGUUUUCCCAUUCCCUGGAAUGGUGCUUAUAUAUAAAUAUAUAUAAAUAUUUUUUGUAUGUUUGUAAGUACUUUCUGUAUAUUUCUCUGUUUUUUUCUUUUUUCUUUUUUUUUUUGUGCUUCAAAACAUGCAUGUGAACCAUUGAGCGAGAAGGACCGCAGAGAUGCUGGUGAUUGCUGAAAACGUUUCGCAUUUCGCAUCCUAGAGAAAAUUGGAUAGCAAUGAAAAAUGAAAUAAAAUGGCAGAAACACCAAGAAGAAAGCAUUAUGUCCUGUUGCAGGUGUGACCCACAUCUUUUUUUUGUAAUUUCAAACGACUGAAUGAAAAUAAAAGACAGAACAAGCAAUAAUAGCAAGUUCAUGUCAAACUGAUUUUGGUCUUGUGGAUUGUUACAAUCACAGGGUAUCUGAAUGAUUCCAUCCUUUAUCCUUUUUCUAUCAAAACUUGUGCUUGAGUCUAUCAGAAAGCACACGCAAUGAAAGACCGUUUCAUUGAGGAAACACUAUCAGUAAACUAGGUGCUAUUUCCUUCUGCCUGUGGUGCUAUAUACAUAUAUAUUUUCCAUUUUUUGUUUAUUUGUUUAAAAAUGAUUCACCAAUGAUGUAGAUGCAUCUUCCAUUUCUUUCAUCACAUUUUUUUUCUGGGUAGCGAGUCCUGUGUCUUGUGUGGGGAAAUAUUCUUAUGCAUGCCAAUCCAUAUUCAUUCAUAAACCAAAAAUUUUGACCUCGUAACUAACAAAUUUGUCUCUUUGCCGUCACCCUACACACUGUUGUUGAGCGGGCAGUAAGCAAACUGUAAAGUGGCGCUUUACCUGGAGAUUAUUUAUGUACUUUUGCAUAGUCCUCCAUAGCACAUUUAUUCCCAUGAAUUUAAAAUGUAGUAAAAAUAAAAUAGAAUUUUUAAAGGUAGUAAUUAUUUUACAGUGUUUGUGGACCUAGAGCUAUACUGUGGACAUGAGUGCAAUCAGCAAUUCACCACAAGCAGUCAGAAGUCCAUAAAGUCUUCAGUGGAGAGAUUUUUUUUUUUUUUUGUACAGGGAAGAACUUGACCUCUGUUACCAGAGCCAAAUACAGAGGACCAACUAAUCUACUGUCCUCCGAUUCUCAGGCCAAAGAUAUUCUCACAGCUUUAGGCUUCAUGAAAUACACUCAACAACCAAAAAGUCACUUUAUAUAAGAUUGUGCAACUGUGGGGUAGAUAGAUUUCCCAUUUAUUAUAAUUCUUAAGAGCCUUGGUAGAAAGAAAAUCAAUUUUCUUGUCUUUUUUCCCAAUUUUCCCUGCAUUUCUUUGCCACUAGUCCCUAAUGCACUCAACAUCUUACACCACUAUGCCAACUACUUUGCUACGAACCUUUGCAUUCUAUUAAUUUGAAAUAUGACUUGAACUGCUUUUUAAAAAAUAAUUCACAACACAGAUAAAAAUUCUUAUGAUAAGGUUUUAGAAAUUAACCAUUUUUGUAAAUUUCCAAAAAAAAAAAAAAAUAGCCAUGAUGCUGCCAAUAAAAGAAUUCUGUUUUGUUUGGUUUUUGUAAUAUUUGUCUUGUGUUGUGUUGUCUGUUUUAAGGUCUUGUUAAACCUGUGUAAGAGAGGAUAGAAGAUAUAUUGUUAUUUUGUGUCAAUAAAUUCAAGUUUACUGUGGCCACGCACCCUUGUAUGUCUUUUGAAGCAUUAAAGCCUUUCUGUAUGCAUGAAAAUGAUGAAAGUUUUUCAUUCUCUUAAUGUUACCCCAACCUGAAAUUGAUUUGAUUCCAAUCACAUCUUUAUUGCUAUGAUAUUCAUUUCAAAUGCUCAGAUGAAUAAAGGCAUGUCCUUAAUUGUGAAAUGGUGACAGAGCCAGGAUGUUGUAACUCUACCAAAGAUGAUGUUCAAUUGUAGUAUAUUUAUUGUAUUAUUUAAAAAAAUAAUAAAUGUUAAUUGAUACCA